AGGCACAAGCGAAACGACGUGCCUGGAUGUUGUCGUAUUGGUGAUAAGCCCAACCAACGAAACCCUCUCUAAUCUUUCUCUGCUUUGUGACACUCGCCACUAGCUGCUACCCACUAUCACACUCACUCACUUACCUUAUCUUUAUCAAAUUCACUCGCUCACUCACUCACUCACUCACGGAAAUGGCGAAAGAACAAAACCAAGAGCCGAACCCCGAUGAGCAGCAACGAGUCCCCAAUGGCUCAUCCGAUUCCUCCGACUCCAACUCCGACUCCGAUUAUCCCUCCGAUUACUCCUACUCCGACUACUCCGACGGCGAGCAGGACGAGGACCAGGACCAGGACCAGUACUUCCGCAAGGCUUUCAGUUUCCGGCGCGGCGACGAGCCGCUCCCUCCUCACAAGAACAACCCUGAAGUCAACUACCGCGACUUCGCCGAGGUGCUUGACAGCAAGGUCAUGCAGAGUAUCCACGAGGAGGAGGACCCUCUCUUCCUGGAGGACGAAGAAGCCUUCAACUUCCCCAAGGACCCUCGCAACUGGACCGAGGAGGAUCUUGGAGAAAUGUGGGCCGAUGGGGACAACAACAUUGGUGGCACCGGUUGGGACCCCGUUUGGGCCACCAAGGACGAGUGGGAGUAUGUUAAGGAUGAGAUUGCUGAGGGCGGGAAGCCUCCCAUUGCUCCAUUUUAUCUUCCCUAUCGGAAGCCUUUCCCUGUUGUUCCUGAUAACCACUUUGACAUUGACAGCCCCAAGGCUGUUGUUCAUGAAUUGGAUAGGAUUGAGGAGUUCUUGAAGUGGGUCAGCUACAUUUUCGAGGAUGGAAGCUCGUAUGAAGGCACCGUUUGGGAUGACUAUGCUCAGGGAAAAGGUGUUUUUGCCUCUCAAGAUGGUCUAGUCAGGUAUGAAGGCGAAUGGCUCCAAAACAACCCGGAGGGUCAUGGGGUAAUUGAAGUAGAUAUACCUGUUGUAGAACCUGUUCCUGGAUCCAAGCUUGAAAAAAAGAUGCGAGCUCAGGGAAAAAUACUGCAAAUGGAUUUUAUGUCUGAGGAGGACAGAAAAUGGCUUGAGAUGGAUAUUGAAGAUAGUUACCGUCUUGCAGAUGGAAGAUUAGAAAUCCCAUGGUAUGAGAAUCAGGAAUGGGUUAGGCAAUUUGGAAGCAAACCGGAGAAAGGUCGGUACCGUUAUGCUGGUCAGUGGAAGCACGGUAGAUUUCAUGGAUGUGGUGUUUAUUCAGUUAAUGAGCGUAUCACAUAUGGUAGAUUCUAUUUUGGAGAAUAUGUGGGUGAAGGUGAGGGAUGCAAUGACGAAACUUCAGCGCUGCAUUCUGGUAUAGCAGAAGUUGCUGCUGCAAAGGCUCGCAUGUUUGUGAACAAGCCAGAUGGAAUGGUUAGAGAACAGAGAGGUCCAUAUAAUGAUCCACAACAUCCCUACUUCUAUGAAGAAGAGGAUGUCUGGAUGGCACCUGGCUUCAUCAACCAAUUUUAUGAGGUCCCUGAUUACUGGAAAACAUAUGUGCAAGAAGUAGAUCAGGAAAGGGAAAUGUGGUUAAACUCUUUCUAUAAAGCUCCUCUUAGGUUACCCAUGCCCUCAGAGCUUGAAUACUGGUGGGCAAAUGAAAAGUAUCAUGCGCCUCCUGAAUUCAUCCUCAUCAACAAGGAGCCAGAGCCUGAUCCAGAAGAUCCAUCAAAACUUAUAUAUACUGAGCUUCCUCUUAUCCUUCACACACCAACUGGACAUCUUAUCAAUUAUGUUGAGGAUGAAGAGCACGGGAUUCGUCUAUUCUGGCAACCACCUUUGAAAAAGGGAGAAGAUGUGGACCCAGAUAAGGCCCAAUUCCUACCCCUUGGUUAUGAUGAGUUUUUUGGGAAGGUUACAGAGAAAGUCACGGGGGAGAGCCUGUGGGACCGACUUUUACUUGCAGUUGGAAAUACAUGCAAACCAUGGUUUGACAAGCUAAAUAAAUGGGCGGAAGAACAGAAGAAAAAAAUUGAACAGAGACAGAAGGAACUUGAUGAAGAAGCUGAACUAAUAGAAGCUGAAGUGCGUCUGGCAGAUGCCAUGGAGAAGAUGGAUGAGUUGUUGAGGUUACGAGAGAAAGAAGCACAAAAAAAGGCCGAAAUGGGCUUACCAGAUGAGGACGAAGCUGAGGAUGACGAUUUGUUCAAAAUUGAGGAUGAGGCCGAAGAUGAAGAUGAAGAUGAAGAUGAAGAUGAAGACGAAGACGAAGACGAGAAAAAAGAUAAAACUUCUGUAACCAAACAAGAUAAAAAAGCUACAACUGUAUCCAAACAAGAAAAACAAGCUGCUACAGUAGCCAACCAGGAUAAAAAAGCUGCUCCAGUAACCAAUCAGGAUAAAAAAGCUGCUCCCGUAUUCAAACAAGAUGAAAAAGCUACUUCUAUAACCAAACAAGACGAGAAAGCUCCUGCAGAGGAGGAAGAGGAAGGGGACUAUGAAGGGGAUGAAGAAGAGGAAGAAGAUGAUGCACAAGCAAGUUUUGGGUCUGUUGAGCAGGAACAAACAACGGAUCGGCAGAAGGGAAAAAAUGGGAAAUCUCCAUUUUCUACAUCUUCACUUGCAUUUGCCUCUGUCGGCCUUAUCACUGCAGUUCCAUGCAUGCUGCAACAAUCAUUUACAUUCUGGAACAAAGGUAGAUCAAAACCGGAGCCAAAGGCACUGCACAGCUAUCGAACCAGUGACCUAAAAACAGUUGAUUCAGUCAAAUUUCAUCAUGUAACUGGCCAGAAGAUUCGCUUGAAGGCUAUAGGCAAAGCACAUAGGAGUGUCAAGGCUAUAAGCUAUUCAGGUGGCAAAUUUAGCGAGGUGCGUUCUUUAUCUAAGACUCGAUCUUAUUUAUUGGAUUCUGGGAAUUCCAAAAGAAACUUGAUGGAGCCAAGACCUAGUUGCAUCAUGUGGUUGCAUGAGGCACCAGAGAGGGAUUUAGACAGCAUACUGUCGUUGCAUUCGUCAAUAUGUAGUUUUAAUGCGAAGAGAGGUUCACAACCUUGUUUGUAGGAUUAUUCAAUUCAUGAAGGCCAUUUUUAAUGCUUUGCUGGCCUUUCUGUAGCAUAAAACCGGCAUAUUUUUGGAGCUUCUUGCCUGAAAAGCACCUUCCGAUUGAAUUGUUGAGUAUUCUAUGCAUUUACACCUUCAUAUUCAA